AGAAGUGAGGCAGAACCUGAAGAAUCAGAAAGUGGAGCAGACAAUGGAUCUGACAAUGAGGCAGAGGAAGGACCAGACAAUGGAGCAGACAAUGCGGGAAGUGAACCAGGAACUACUGACAAUAAGCGACUAGUGGGUGCACCAGACCUGACCGUCCAACUGCUGAAAAAUCCCCAUAUUUUCUUAAUCAUUGGAGAGAUGAAGAAACUACUAACAAAAAUGGCAAAAAUCCGUCUAAUGGGGUGGAGGAAAGCAGACAGGGCGAUAAAUAUAUGCAACAGAAGUGUCAGAAACUCACAGAUUGCCCAGCUCCUCUUCUAC